AUGUCAUUUGCAAAAAAAUUGGACCGAGCCGUCCAAUGGGCCGGCGAGAAGAUGGGCUCAGAGGCCAAAACUGCACACUCGGAUGAGUUCCAGAGGCUAGAAGCUGAAAUGGCACUUCGUCAAGAAGGAAUGGAAAGCCUACAAAAGGCGACUACCGCAUAUUCGAAAUGGAUCUCUCGUCGAUGUGAUGCAUCUGAGGACAAGAGUCGAGCUCCUCCGACCGCUAUGCUUGGUCGUGCCAUGGUAGCGCAUGGCAAUGAUUUUGAACCGCAUUCGGAGUUUGGCAAUCACCUUGUGGCUGUUGGCCGUGCCAAUGAGCGAAUUGCGAACCUACAUAGCAACUACACCGAAGACGUCAAUGCCAACUGGCUCCAUCACUUGGAUCGAAACGUUGCCAUGAUGAAAGAGUUUCAGGUGGCUCGCAAGAAGCUAGAGAGCCGACGCCUUGCUUAUGAUGCCAGUGUUGCCAAAAUGCACAAGGCUAAACGCGAUGAUUUCCGUAUCGAGGAAGAAAUGCGUGUCAGCAGAACCAAGUUUGACGAUGCUAGCGAGGAUGUUAUGCGUCGCAUGCAGGACGUUCAAGACACAGAGGCGGAGUCGAUUGGUGCCCUGAACUCAUUUUUGGAAGCUCAACUCAAUUAUCACGAAAGAGCCGCCGAGGAACUUCGACGUAUCCGCCAGUCACUAGUAGACGGCGGCCGAGCAGACUCCCCCCAACUUGACGAAAUUCGCAUCUCCCGAACCCGGUCUUCUACCGCAACAUCUUGGCACAAAACAAGACAAGUCUCUUCGGAGCAAUUGAGUCCAGCCGAGAGACUACCUAUUCGUCGCUUGGCAAGCUCCCAGGCUGCCCAGCCGCCCCCGCCUCUGCCGGCACCUUCCCAAGAUCCGCGCCAAUCGUUGGUCCGUGCUGCUACAUUUGGUGAACGAACUCCAUUAGCAUCUACGGGCACUAGAAUGCCAACUUUAGCGCGCACUGCGACUGACAGGAGUUCGCAUACUAGUCCUUCCGAGGAUAUUUUUAGAGAUGAUGAGUCUACCGGCAGCGGAGAUGGAAGCGCUGGAUGGGGCAAUCGUAGUACGAGUUCUGCUACCAGCUACGACAGCUCGUCUCGAAUGACAAGUGGCCAUGAAGUCAAGAAGGCACCUCCUCCACCACCACCUGUGAAUAGAGCAAAGAAGCCUCCUCCACCGCCCGUACCGGCUCGCCGGGCUCAUUUGGGAUAUUAA